GACGAGGGGCUCGCGGUGGAAGUAAUCGAUCCAACAGUGUAAUCAUGUCAGGCACUGUUGCAUGUGGAUUGCGCUGGCGCGUCUAAAGUGACAAGGGCGCGCAUUGUUUUAGCCGCCGCCAAUUCUGCCCAACUUGAUUCUGUCUCACGCGAGUGGAGAUAGCUCAUCAGGGUAGCUGCUUCUCAGCAGAAGUUCAAGCUCCCGGUCGCUCCUGCCUUUAGAGCAAUAAUCAUUCAGGAUGCCAUCUUCUCGCGAAGAAGAGCCUCGUCGGCGCAAGAAAUCUUACGACCGCGAUUCGCCCAAACCGGCUUCCAGGGACAAGGAUACCAAGGAGCGCCAUAAGUCAUCGGCCAGAAAGACGACCACCCGCAGACGCAGCGACGCAAGCAGGGAAUACAGCCCUUCACGCCCGGACAAAUCAACCCUGUCCGAACGGUCAUCGAAAAAGGUCACCAUGUUGAUUCCAGAGAUGGAGCGACGCUCGUCAAUCGGCGACAAGCGACCGCAAUCUUAUCCCAACUUUUCAAAAGCACAUAGCAGGGAAGCCGUCGCACCAGGCUCGGAGAGUGCCACCGAUGUGCACGACCAAAGACCUCGCACUCCAGCAGAUAUGGCCGACAACCCCUCGCGUGUUCCACCGAGCCCACCAUUGACCGCCGAUGAUCCGGAUCUGAGAAGAGCAAAGAGUGGAGGGAACAUGAGAAAACACACAGACAGAGUCAAGUCGGAAGCCGGUCUCAAUUCUAGAAGAAGUAUGGACAACGGUCUGCGGGUUAACAUGACGGGUUCUGCAGCAAGCAGUCGCCGGCCAUCCCCAUCAAGUGUGUCUGAGACUUCUGCUCCAAGUACUGGCUCGACCAAGUACAACAAGGCCCCUUCUCAGCCCGCUUCAAAUGUCAGCCAGACAACUGUUGAUUCACAAGCCACUUCGGUUGCUCCUGAGCGCAAGCCCCCUUCACGCCCUCCACCUGUUUCUGUCGGACAACACUAUUCUCCUCAAUCACGACCAGACUCCUCACCACGAACUCCCACACCGCAAGAUCAGACUUUCCCUUCAUUUGUCCAAAGGCCAAAAUCUACCCCUGGAAUCGAUGCGUUCCCCGUUGGUUACUCUCCUCGGUCUGCCCAUCCAGACUCUGUGGCUAUGCCCCCACCGCCACCGCCUCCACCGAUGGUUUUCCAUGAUACCCCUCGCGUUGAUUAUCUGCUGCAGAAUGGCGGAUUGCCGUACUUGAUAUCAAAGUCCAUUGUUCCAUCAGCCAACAACCAGCCUGUUCAAUCCUACGCACAAUAUCAAUCGCCGCGCAUACCUUCUGCAGUCGACGUCCAACAUGUCUUUGCUCCUGUGAGUGGUCGUCUUGAGGAUAUUGCAAAGGUUCUGUCCAAGAGUGGAUCUCUCGCAGUAGCUACAGGAUAUCGCUCCGUCGCUAGGAGAUUGCUGGACCGUCUUGAAGCCGUGUUUGCUCGCAGCAUCUCACACGAGCGCUGUCAGUGUGUCUUGUGCUUGAGAAUUGCCCAGACAACCUUGUCCGACGACGAAGACACGGGCAUUAGCUGGGGCGAGAUAUUGGAAUAUGUUGCUGGUCGCAGAGAACUACCACAGUGGCCUCCUUUUUCUCUGUCAUCCGAAAGCGCUGGCUUCAACCUCUCUGGUGUAGAACCCAUGCAAAAACUGGAUCCUGAUGUCCCGGAUGAGUAUCGUGCUCACUACAUCAAACAGAAUGCCAAAACCAAGCGAUCAGUCCAGGAUUGGCUCGUGAGACAGCCGGAUGCGCCCUCGAGUCCUCCGCAAGAAGUUGAUGACGAAACUUUGACAUUUGCCGUCCUCACGCAUAUUGAGCCCGAGCGACGACCGCUAUUCACGGCUCUCAUGAAAGGACUUUCGACUAUACCUUCUUCUCGAGCACCAACUCCUGCUAACGAACCGAAGAACGAAGUAUUGGCCAAGACUGCUGCAGCUCUGCAACGUCUGUAUCGUUUGCCACAACUGCCAAGAGAUCCAGAAUGUACUAUCUAUCUGCUCAACAAUCUGCAGCUGCACAGUAUGCUCGCCACGCUUGCCGCAGUGAGUGCUGGUGAGUGGGAUAUCCUAGUGUCUGGUCGAUUUGAUGGCUUCCUGUGGAGUGGUGCAGAGACAGUACCACCAUCCGCAGCCUACGGAUCAACCAUGGGGCCUAUGUCUCGUACAACGACCCCUUUCAGUGGAGGUGUGCCAUCCCGGAACACAACACCUUUUUCGCCUCUACGCAACGUCAUGUCUCCAGACCACACAGCCAACCUGUUUCCUUCUCGAGGUACAACACCGGCUCCUGGUAUGCCUGGCGGUGCUCCAGCUCCCGUCCAAAUGGAUGAAGAGACCGAGAUUGCUGUUCUUGCCCAAAUGGAGCGUGAGAUCUAUCGUGGCAUGGAGGCCUUGGAAGACCAAUUUGAAGUUCUGCACAGACAAGCUGAGGCUGUUAGACAGAGACUACGCGAGCGUAGUGCCGGACUCGCAAUGGCUGCUAAGGCGCGCAGAGGUUCCAUGGCGUCUGAUAUAGGAGUGAGAAUUGGCACACCUGGUGGACCAUGGGAUGAUGAACAACAAUCGAUCUUCGACGAUGGAAGAUCUGAAUUGGCACCAGACGACUCUGCGAGCAACAUCGACUUUGGCAGAAAAAGAAGAUCAAAGCGACAUGAUCGAAGAACACCCGCUGUACCAGAGGAGGAUGAGGGUGUAGAUCGUGAUUCAGGCAGGAGAAAGAGAUGAGAUAAUGAAAUCCCCACCAUGACGGAGUUGCGCACUCAAGAGCAAAAUAAAGCAAUUCGAAUACCGAGACGACCUCUGAGUUAAUGAAAAACAACACACACACAAGCCACACGACACCAUACCACUCAACGACAUAGAAUACCCACGCAAUGAUAACGCAUUGUUGAUGAACUACCGGAGAGGAGCAGAUAGAUCGGAGUUACCUUUUCACUCUGCAACUGUAUCUCCCUCAUGCAUAGCUUUUUGGAACCAAAUCAUUUCUCAUACUUUUCAAGCAUAGCGGGAAUGGGGAUGAGUAGCGGAGUUGGAGCGAAGCCAGGCGAAUGUGUAUUUUUCCGUUCAAUCUUAGGUUUUUAUCAUUCAUGAUAGCUAUGAAAUGCCUAGUGCAACAAAAUCGGUGAUCAUGAUAAUAUUG